AUGGUAACCACUCCUUUUAGCCCAAAAUCUUCUCACCAACCUCGCUCAAAGAGCUUGCCCUGUAGACCACACCCUCUCAUUGUACAAUGCAAUCAACACUUGGGAAGUUUAGAGGCUUCAGACGCAACUUCCUCUUCAUCAUCAUUGUUUCACCACAAACUAAGUGGUCUUCAAACUUUGCAUGAUUGUGUUGAAAAGCUGGUUCUACUCCCUCUUACUCAAAAAGUCUUGAUCCAAGAGCAUCAAGAGAAGUGGGUAGAUGAACUUUUGGAUGGAUCUUUAAGGCUCCUAGAUGUGUGUACUGUAGCAAAAGAUGCUCUGUUGCAUACAAAGGAAUGUGCACGUGAACUUCAAUCAAUUAUGAGAAGAAAAAGAGGAGGUGAAAUGGAGGUGACAGCAGAGGUUAGGAAAUUUUUGGCCUCUAGGAAGGUAGUAAAGAAGGCAAUCCUCAAAGCAUUGGAAAAUUUGAAGGCAACUAUGAAGAAAGGAAAAUCCUCUCCUAGCAACCAGGACCACCAAACUGCAAUCUUGGUUAGCUUGUUCAAAGAUGUAGAAGUAAUCACACUUUCCAUAUUGGAGUCACUGUUGAACUUCAUCUCUGGACCAGUACAAUCAAAACCAAGUAAUUGGUCUUUGGUUUCCAAGCUAAUGCGCAACAAAAAGGUUACAUGCACACAAGAAUCGGACCAGAAUGAAUUUGCUGAUGUAGAUGCUGCGUUGCAGUCAUUUGUACUUCACAUGAAGUCAGAUAAUAUCAAUCAUUUGCAGAAUCAAUUGGAAAAUUUGGAGUUGGUAAUUCAAGACUUUGUGGAAGGGCUUGAAACUCUUUUUAAACGAUUUAUUAAAAUUAGAGUUUCCCUUCUUAACAUCCUCAAUCACUAG